UCUUUAAUAUAUUUCUUUGUCAUUAACUUCUAGCCAGGAAGUAGAUAUGGCUCCUGUUUCAAUGCCUCCUGGUUUCCGGUUUCAUCCAACAGACGAAGAGCUUGUCAUAUACUACCUCAAACGAAAGAUUAAUGGCCGCACGAUCGAAUUAGAGAUAAUUCCUGAGAUUGAUCUUUACAAAUGCGAGCCCUGGGAUUUACCCGGAAAGUCCUUGCUCCCAAGUAAAGACCUAGAAUGGUUUUUCUUCAGUCCUCGAGACCGGAAAUAUCCAAACGGAUCAAGAACUAACCGGGCGACAAAAGCAGGUUACUGGAAAGCCACAGGAAAAGACCGUAAAGUUACUUCACAUUCGCGGACUGUCGGAACAAAGAAAACGUUAGUUUAUUACCGAGGAAGAGCGCCUCAUGGCUCUCGUACCGAUUGGGUCAUGCAUGAGUACCGUCUUGAAGAGCAAGAAUGCGACUCCAAGUCAGGCAUACAGGAUGCGUAUGCACUUUGUCGAGUAUUCAAGAAGAGUGCUUUAACCAACAAAUUAGAAGAACAGCAUCAUGGCAUGAAGAGGAAGAAAGCAACGACUAAUAGUGAACAAUCUACUUCUAGUACUUGUUUAUAUUCUGAUGGAAUGUAUGAAAACCUAGAAAACUCGGGAUAUCCUGUCUCACCCGAUAAUGGCUUAACACAACUGGGUAACAUUUCUUCGUCCGAUAUGGAAACGACAGAGAACAAAUGGAGCCAUUUUAUGUCUCAUGACACGUCUUUUAACUUCCCAGCACAGUCACAGUUUUGUUCUCAGUAUGGAACAGUCACAUAUCCUCCCUCAAAGGCUGAGAUCGCGUUCGAGUGUGCAAGACUAAAAAAUCGUAUGUUGCCGCCAGCGCCACCACUCCACGUUGAAGAUCUUGCACAUGGUGAACAUUUGGGAACCAAUGUAGCUAAUGACACGGAUCAAAUGUUGAGCAAGAUCAUAGCAUUAGCUCAAGCUUCCCACGAGCCACACAACAGUGUAGGCUCAUGGGAAUUUGCUUCUGCUUCCGGAAACUUUCCGGGAGACGUUUACUAUCCGGGAGAAAAAGCCUCAGGUUCAUGGGUAGAGGCGAACAUGAAGGCUGUUGAUAUGCAAGUACAUGAUGGGAGGUUUAAGGAAGAGAGAAUUGUUGAGAACUUGAGAUGGGUAGGAGUAUCAAGCAAGGAACUAGAAAAGAGCUUCAUUGAAGAACACUCCACGGUAGUUCCUAUAGAAGAUAUUUGGAGUUAUCGGAGGGAUAGUCAUGAACAUCAAGAUGGUGAGGGAGUUAACAACAAUGGAGAUGUGGAUGAUGUUUACACACUUGAGUUCUCCGAAAACGAACUCAACGCCAAUAUUCCGGACAAGAUAAACAACAAUGAUCACGACGCAACGAGUUCGCCUCGUUUUGAGAUGGUUAACAAAAUUGAGGUUAGCCAUGGAUUGUUUGUUACAACUCGUCAGGUAACCAAUACAUGCUUUCAACAGAUUGUACCAUCUCAAACCGUUAUUGUUUACAUAAAUCCAACGGGUACCGUAAACUGUGGACAUGAGAUGAAACCAACGGAGGAGGUUCAUGAGAGUAAUCCGCGAAUUGACAGCUUUGUCUCCAAAAUUCUUGGACCGUGGAGAAGAUUUGCGUAUUUAUUGGUUUCGUUCAUAUGCUCUUAUUAAUGCAUUCAAGAAGUCAACUCUAAUAAAAACCAACGCAGUGAAGGAGAAUGUAACGAUCCAGGGACAAUACUAAUUAUGGAAUGCUGUAGGAAGAAAAAUAUUUGGAAGAGAAAAACGAGAAAAACGAGAAAAACAAGGUUGAUGAAAAAGGUUUCAGCCUUCAAGAUAGUUUUAUGUUGAAGAAGUUGGGGCUUUCUGUUGCUGUUACCUUAACUGUUUCUACCAUGUCUUAUAUAUAAUAUGAAGUUCAAUAUAUAAUAUAUGGCUUUGCACUUUUUCUAUUGUACUACUAUUUGUCUUGGAGGGAUAUCCUCUCUUUUGUUUUUGUUUUCCUAUUCCAUUUUUAUAAAC